CGUUCAUCUCUCCUGCAUUACUCACAAUGGCUGCUACCGACUUCAAGGCCAACUUUAUUGAGACGGCGAUCAACACCGGGGUCCUCCUCUUCGGCGAGUUCACCCUCAAGUCUGGCCGGUGAGUAGGUGCGACCUGCCGCCGUCGUCGAAUGUCCAGGCUGACGGCCAGCAAGUCCCCGUACUUCUUCAACGCCGGGCUCCUGUACGACGGCGCUCUUCUCUCCGCGACCGCCGACGCGUUUGCCGGCACGCUUUCCGCGAUCCCCGAGUUCGAUGUCCUCUUCGGCCCCGCGUACAAGGGCAUCCCCCUCGCGGCCGUCACCUGCGUCGCUCUCGCGAACAAGGGCAUCAACAAGGUCUACUGCUACAACCGCAAGGAGAAGAAGGACCACGGCGAGGGCGGCACGCUCGUCGGCGCGCCCAUGGCGGACAAGAAGGUCGUGAUCAUCGACGACGUUAUGACGGCCGGCACGGCGAUUCGCGAAGCCAUCGCCAUUCUUAAGGAGCAGCCGGGCGCACAGCUCGUUGGUAUCGUGCAGCUCGUCGACCGCCAGGAGCGCGGCAAGGGCUCGACCUCGACCAGCCAGGAGGUCGCUGCCGAGUUUGGCGUUCCAGUUCUUCCCAUCAUCUCCAUCGGGGACAUUAUCACGUACCUCAAGGCCCGUGGGGGAUACGAGGAGCAGGUCAAGGCUAUCGAGGCGUACCGCGCCGAGUACGGCGUUGUCGCCUGAGGCAGCUGGUGUCCGAGGCGUCGAAGCCAAGCGCGGCCGGGAUGUGAAUUGAGCGGGAGAUAGGAUCCCCCAUGGUGCCAGAUCUUGGGUAAUUGCGCGCUGAAGGCCAGAUUAGAGCAUCUCAUCAUGUACUUUAUACAAUGCAUUGCGCGUCUCUUGGG